AUGCCGCAAGUACACAACCGGAAGUUGUCGAUGAUGGCUGACAAUAGUGCCUUUAAUAAGAACUCUCGGUUUAUGGCGACCAACCGUAUGACUGAGGGGAGCAAGAAGCGGAUCCGUGCCUUCAAUUAUGUUGAAAACAGACUUAAGGGAAUCAAAUUAAGGUUUUUCGAUCGUCACGCGGAAAUUGACCUAAGGCGCCGGGAACGCGAGCGUCAAGUUAUUAUGGACAGCUUAAAACGCACUCUGGCAUACAAGCUCGUGGUGGAGAAACACAACCUGACGCACGCCGUCGACUACCAAAAGGCACUGGAUGAUGAUUACUCGGGCACAGCGCUCCGGCAUGAAGUCAAACACAUGGUAGAGUACAUGAAACCGGAUCAAGUGCGUGAGAGAAAAGCCAAGGCUCUAAUCAGCGAAAACCGUCGACGAUACAACAGGAUCAUACAACGAAACAAGAAUUCACUGGAUCUCAUUUGUCCACCAAAACGUACGUCUAGAUAUUUGUUUGAUGAAGAUGUGCUUAACAAAAAGGGCGACGACAAUGAUGAUAAUAGUACGAGAGCCCCGUCUACAGCGGAACCGAGUCGCGCUGGUGACAUUUUUAAACAACGUUUGCCUACGAAACCACUACUUCCGCUUAAAAAGCAAGCCAUCACACGCUCCUUUCUUUUGGAGAAUGCCCAGAAGUCUAUGGACGUUAUGGACAGUAACCCGUCACUCACUAAAGCGCCGUACGAUCUGCCCCCUGUACAGCUUCACAAAAGGUUACCCCCCGCGAUAGCUGUCCAGGCGUGAAAGACGCGAUCGUACUACCAAUCACGUAUAUAUGACGUACAUUUUGUCUAUCACUUCGGCUACUACCUGUAGCCAAUGCCACACACUGAAUUGGUUUAAGUAAGCUGUAUGUAUUUCCGUUCCAACUGUUACCGGAAACAACUUGUAACUGUUUACAGUUUGAAAUCAUAGAUUCUUGCCUCGUUUUCGUAUGUUUCGUUUGCCGAGGAGUGUCAGGGACGUAAGUACAACUUCCUAAUUACAGCUAAACCUGUGUUUGACCUAUCCG